AUGGGCAGCCGCAGCCUCCUCACCGCCCUCCUCACCGCCGCCCUCGUGCCGCCCCCCGCCGCCCCCUCGGCCCACCACAAGCUCCUGGUGUUCCUCCUCGAUGGCUUUCGCUUCGACUACAUCGACGACAGCGAGCUGGAGGGUCUGCCGGGCUUUCGGGACAUUGUGAACAUGGGGGUGAAGGUGGAUUACAUGACCCCAGACUUCCCUAGUCUCUCUUACCCAAAUUACUACACGCUGAUGACAGGUCGUCACUGUGAGGUCCAUCAGAUGAUUGGAAACUACAUGUGGGACCAAAAGACCAAUUUAUCUUUUGAUAUUGGUGUGAAUAAAGAAAGCCUGCUGCCUCUCUGGUGGAACGGAUCAGAGCCUUUGUGGGUCACAAUGAUGAAAGAAAAGAAGAACGUCUCCAUGUACUACUGGCCAGGUUGCGAGGUCGAAAUUCUUGGAGUCAGACCGAGUUAUUGUCGCGAGUACUUCAGUGUCCCAUCAGACAAAAACUUUGCGGAUGCCAUCCAUGAUGCUCUUGAGUCUCUGAGCAAUGGCAGUGCAGACAUGGCUGCAGUGUACUACGAGCGCAUUGACGUGGAAGGCCACCACUACGGCCCUUCAUCCCAACAGCGGAAGCGUGCCUUGAAGGAGGUGGACAAAGCCUUGAGCAACAUGAUCACGCUCAUCAAGAACAAGGGCCUUCAAAAUGAUAUCAACGUCCUCCUCUUCUCCGAUCACGGGAUGACAGACAUCUCUUGGGCCAACAAAGUGAUUGAGGUGAAAAACUACAUCAAUAUGAGUGAUACCAUUCAAAUGAAGGACCGAGGUCCUGUUGUGAGCCUCUGGCCAGCUCCAGAGAAGCAUGCGGAGAUAUAUAAAAAAUUGAAAGCCGUGGAACACAUGCAUGUUUAUAACAAAGAGGAUAUUCCGGACAGGUUUUUCUACAAAAAAGGAAAAUUCGUGUCUCCUCUAACUCUUGUGGCUGAUGAAGGAUGGUUCAUAGUAGAGAGCAGGGACAAGCUGCCCUUCUGGGAGAACGGGACAGGCUGGAAGGAGGCCUGGCAGAACGGCUGGCAUGGCUACGACAAUGAGCUCAUGGACAUGAGAGCGUUCUUCAUCGCGUACGGGCCAGAUUUCCGAUCCAACUUCCGAGCGCCUCCCAUCCGAUCCGUGGAUGUUUACAACAUCAUGUGCAGGCUGGCAGGAAUUCAGCCGCUGCCCAACAAUGGCUCCUGGUCCAGGGUGGAAUGCAUGCUCCGAAACACGGCCCCCUUGGCACCGCUCCCCCUGGGUGGCAGCUGCGCCCUGGUGUUGGCUCUGCUCUCCCUGUUCGCCGAGCAGAUCUCCUUACUGUGA